AUGAUCCAUGGAUUGCAAAUUACAAUGCCAGCCCUCCGUAGCGCGGCGCUUCCAGGGGCUUCCAGGGAGCCAAGCGCUUUGGUUAAGAGCUUUGCGCCCUUCGUGCCUGCGUUGCCCCCUGUUCACGCCGUUCCGACCAAAGGCCAAUAUAUACAACAACAAGCCUCGCGCUGCUGUCCCUCGCCUACGCCUGAGGCGAUCCUCAACAUGGCCACAGAAUUUGAUCAGUAUUUUACCUACGAAGCCCGCCUGGCUUCCUUUCAGAGAGCCACCAGGAAGCGCGGAUCAGUCACCGGUGGCCGAGCAGCCAAGGCUCUUAAUUGGCCCCAUAAGCAGAUUUCUAUCACAAGUCUUGCCAGAGCCGGGUUUGUGUUUAGACCAAGCCCCGAUAGCCCGGAUAACACUGUUUGUUUUCUUUGCGGAAAAGGACUGGAUGGAUGGGAAGCAGGCGAUGACCCGGUAUACGAACACGUCAAACAUGCCCCCCAUUGCGGCUGGGCAGUAGUUGCUGCCAUUGAGGUCGACAUUGGCGACUACGGACGAGAGGAUCCCAACGACCCCGAAAUGAUCGAAGCACGUAGAGCGACUUUUGCGGACCGAUGGCCUCACGAAAACAAAAGGGGAUGGAAGUGCAAGACUAAGCAGUUGGUGGACGCCGGGUGGAAAUACACUCCAACCGAAGAAUCGGACGACAUGGCUACGUGUACAUACUGUCAACUGGCACUUGAUGGAUGGGAGCAAGGUGACAAACCUUUAGACGAACAUUACAAUCGGUCCCCUGAUUGUCCCUUUUUCUCCCUAAUCAGCCAAUAUAGGGCGCUAGGAAAAGGCUCUGUACGUGGAAAAGCGCCGCGUAAUUCGGCAUCAUCUGUUCAGUCUUAUGGGACAGCCGCAGCCGACAUUUCAAAUGGCAGUGACGUGAGCGUAGGACCUGAAGACAGUGUUCUUACGACUGCGUCCUCGGCUUCACAACUGGACACGAAAAAAACUCGAGCAAAGAAGGGGGCCGCGGCAAAGGCUGGUAGGAAGAAGAUCCAAAAAGAUGACCAGUCUGAGCUUGACCAGAGCAGCCAGAUGGAGGAAGAAACACAGCGCCCAAAGGCCAGGCGAGGCAAGAAGAGACCGAGCGACGCAGUGGAAGACCCGAUAUCAAGCUCAACAGACGGGCCCAUAUCAAAAAAGCGAGCUUCACGGACCCCUAGCGUUGGCAGCAUCGAUGGUGUUGCUGUUCACGAAUAUGACUCUGAGGCGACAGAUAUCUCCAAGGCUUCUUACAAAAGGAAUACAGCGCAGCCUGCUUCCAAAAGGGGUCGUAAGGGCGCCCCGAAGCUGAUCUCGCAUGCAUCCAUGGCGUCCUUACGUGCUCGCGGCGGAAUUCCAGACGAUGCUGAGAUUGAACGUGAACUGGAGGCUGAUCUGGAUCGGCAAUUCACCGACGAUGAGGAGAUUUCAUACGAUUCUGACUUGUUACGAAACAGGGUUAAAGGAAAUAGAACUGUGACAGACUCGGAGAGUGAAGCUUUUCGACCCGCAAGGCCGAGGUCGCCUGAGUAUGCCAUGUUUGAUCCGGCGGUACCCGAACCCGCUGAGGAUGAGCUUGAUGACGAGCUUAAAGCCUUACAGGCUGAGAUGGAGGUUGACGAAGCAGAACAACCCCCGAAACCUAAAAGAGGUCGCAAAGCUGGUGUGCAAAAAGGGGCAAAACAAGUCAAGGCCCACAAGGUCGAGAGAGAGGCCGAAUCCGAGUUCCCAGAGUCACAGCAAGAAGAAGAGGGAGUGGGAUCGGCUGAUGUUAGUGCGGGCAGCACUGCUGCUGGAAAGCGAGGGCGUGGGCGACCAAGGGCCUCGCUCGGAUCGCAAGAUGAAUCUGCCACUCUUGAUGUCGCUGAGUCGUCACAACAGUCAGUUAAGCGCGGUCCGGGUCGCCCACCGUCUAGGUUGUCAUUAGCAUCUCUAUUGUCUGCUGAGACGGGUGACGCCCUUCCAGCUGAUGCUCCCAUGAAGCGAGCUCGCGGUCGACCUUCAAACGCGUCAUUGCUGUCACUAGAGUCAACGGGGUCGGAUGAAGGCAUCUUGGCUGCGCCUGCGCCAGCCCCAAAGCGUAGGGGACGGCCGUCUAAAACCACUUCAGUGUUACACGGUCCUCGUGAUAUUCUGGCUGUUGAGAAAAGCAAAGAGUCUCUUGCUCCUGGGAAGCGUGGACGCGGAAGACCGGCUAAGAAAGUGGUUGAAGCGAUACCCGUGGAGCCUGUUGAGACGGAAGCCGAGGAUGACUUUGUCGAAGCUCAGGAAUCGGUGGAGGAACCUAUGCGAUAUAGGCAAUCGCCAGUCCGAGCCAUUUUCUCUCCUAGGGGAGCGGCUGCGUCCCUGGCAGCGUUGCCUGGUACUCCGUCCAAGCUUAUGUCGCCCGUGCCUUCGGCUAGGCAGGCGGUUCUGUCGCCUUCGCAAUCUCCUCAAUCAUCAGACGCAGAGAACCAGCCGCCUUCCUCUCUCACCGCCGCCAAGCGCCUUGUGCUGGCCCCUAAAGCAUCAACUCCCACCCAUGGAUCACCUUCGAAGCGCAACGUUAUGGCCGGCGUUCGAAGCACAAUGCCAUGGGCAGCGGCGAGUCUGGAGGCGAUAUUUGAGACGCCGCUCGAUAGUCCGGGCAAGGAGAAUGAAGUAGAUCGUUUUUUGAAACGAGGUCAGGAAUUGACCAGUCCGGAAAGGCGCAUGACUGUGGAAGAGUGGAUUUACUUUAACGCAGCCGAGGCAGAGAAGAAGCUCAAGUUCGAAUGCGAGUCUCUAGUCAACCGAUUCGAGAUGGAGGGCACAAGAGCUAUCAAAGUUCUGGAAGGCUUGGAGGUGGACGAAACCAGCUAA